AUGCCUUCAGAUCUCCAACAGCUGUCUCCAGAACCUUUUCAGGAGGAAAAACUACCGCCUCCAUCCCAAAAAAUCCCCGGGAUCCCACCUCCAGGUUCACAUUCGGGAACUCCACUUACAAGCAGAAUCAUUUCCUCUUUAAGCUUCAUCCAGAAGUACUCCAUUCUUCCCUUUGCCGGAUUCUCACUAAUCCAUCUUUCCUCGGUUGUCGUUUUGCCCGCUCUCUUCGGGGUCGACGCAGGAAACGAGGCGAUCGACGUGGGUCGUGAACUCUACCAGACUGCCAACUUGGAGCCUAUUGUGUUGGGAUCAGUCGUGGCCCAUGUUGCUUCUGGUGUACUGUUGAACCUCCUGAGGAAGUUGAUCGACUUGCGGAAGCACGGAAUAGCAAACAAAGCAUCGAAAGGCAAGAAAAAGCCCGUUGCCAAGCCCCGCAACAAUGAAGGAACCGUCAAUGACGUCAAUGAAGGCUUGGGCGGAGUUUUGUCCAUACUGGGAUUCAGCUCAAUCAAAUCCAUCACGUAUCGGUGGUUUGGAGUUUCUCCUCUCAGUUUUUCUGGAUACGUACUCAUCCCACUUCUCGCCGGUCACGUGCUCAAGAUGAGGGUUAACCCGCUUCUUGUUGAUGGCGAUUCCUCGUAUGUUGAUCUCUCGUACAUGUCAUAUGCACUUUCAACUUCCAAGGUCGUGUUUCCCUUUUACGCUUUCCUGGUUUUUGUUGGUGCCUAUCAUAUGGUUUCGGGUUCGAACCGGCUCUUGGGUCUUUUCUCAAGAAAGGCCAGAAAGGUUGCUUACAUUGUCAUAUACUCGUUGCUGUCGUUAAGUGUAGUUAGUUUGGUGAAUAUUCUGAGAAUGCCACCUGUUGUGGCAAGUAUGGCCGAGAGAUUUUCGAGAUACAUUGAUUACAUAUGA